GGAGUGGGGGGUAAUCCGUAGUAAUCCACGGCCGGGUGACGUCUGGGGACCCCGGGCCUGGAUCAGAGGUUCCGGCCGCGCUCUCCGCACCUCGUCGCCAUGCCUCGCAAAAUUGAGGAAAUCAAGGACUUUCUGCUCACAGCCAGACGAAAGGACGCCAAAUCGGUCAAGAUCAAGAAAAAUAAGGAUAAUGUGAAGUUUAAAGUUCGAUGUAGCAGGUACCUGUACACCUUGGUCAUCACAGACAAAGAGAAGGCAGAGAAGCUGAAGCAGUCCCUGCCCCCAGGUUUGGCAGUGAAGGAGCUGAAAUGAAUCACGCACACUGAUUUGAACUGUAUUAAAAUUUUUUAAAUUCUCAAAA